CCACGGUCUUAGCUAGUUAUUGUCAUGGCUCUGCCUAAAUUAUUCUACGCUCUUAUUGCCGUUUUUUCUCUCUUUUGUACGCUAGCCCUUGCUGAUGAACUUCGUCCUACUGUCGAAAAAGGCAACUUGGAAACAUACAUUGUGCACGUGAAGAAGCCGGAGGGCCGUUUGGAAGUUCAACUUGACGACAUGAAGAGCUACCACCAGUCUUUCCUGCCUGUUAGAACUGCAGUUUCGUCUGCUGAUCGUCAACCAUUACUUUACUCAUACCGAAAUGUGAUCAGUGGCUUCUCAGCAAGGCUGACUGCUGAAGAAGUUGAGGCCAUGAAGGAGAAGGAUGGUUUCAUUUCGGCACGUCUAGAGAGGAUGUACCGUCCGUUGACAACCCAUUCUCCCAAUUUUCUUGGAUUGCACCAAGAAAUGGGAUUCUGGAAAAAAUCCAAUUAUGGUAAGGGAGUUAUUGUUGGAGUGCUUGACACUGGGAUUUUCCCCAGUCAUCCUUCAUUUAGUGGUGAAGAUAUGCCGCCUCCACCGGCUAAAUGGAAGGGAAAGUGUGAAUUUAAGGCAACGGAGUGUAACAACAAACUUAUUGGUGCAAGAUCGUUUAAUUUAGCAGCAAAUGCCUCAAGUUUAGAGGCGGAGACGCCACUUGAUGACGAUGGACAUGGAACGCACACGGCUAGCACAGCUGCAGGUGGAUUUGUCCAAAAUGCUAGUGCUCUUGGAAAUGCAUAUGGCACGGCAGUUGGGAUUGCACCUCAAGCUCACUUGGCAAUAUACAAAGUCUGCUUUGGACCAGACUGCCCUGAAAGUGACAUAUUAGCUGGCCUUGAUGCUGCUGUUGAGGACGGUGUGGAUGUACUCUCUAUAUCCCUUGGGGAGGAGUCAACUCCAUUUUACAACGACAAUUUAGCCGUAGGAUCAUUUGCAGCUGCUCAGAAAGGAAUAUUUGUAAGUUGUGCAGGAGGAAACUCUGGCCCUUCUCAGCAGACGAUAUCCAAUGAGGCCCCCUGGAUUCUCACAGUUGGAGCGAGCACUAUUGACCGAAGCAUCAGAGCCACGGCAAAACUUGGAGAUGGCCAAGAAUUUGAUGGUGAAUCUGUGUUCCAGCCCAAGGACUUCCCUCCAACGCUAUUGCCUCUUGUUUACGCUGGUUCUAAUGGGAAACAAGAUUCUGCAUUCUGCGCUAAUGGAUCCUUGUCUGGCGUUGAUGUCAAAGGAAAGGUAGUAUUGUGCGACAGGGGAGGAGGAAUAGCAAGAUUGGAUAAAGGCCGAGAAGUGAAAAAUGCCGGUGGUGCAGCCAUGAUACUGGCCAACCAACAGUCCGAUGGCUUCAGCACGUCUGCUGAUGCUCACGUUCUUCCUGCCACGCAUGUGGCCUAUUCUUCUGGACUGAAGAUCAAAGCCUAUAUAAACUCAACAACGUCUCCAACGGCCACAAUCUUGUUCAAGGGGACAGUAAUUGGAGAUCCAUUAGCCCCCAUUGUUGCUUCAUUCUCCUCAAGAGGUCCAAGCUUGGCGACUCCAGGGAUUCUGAAACCAGACAUCAUUGGUCCAGGCGUGAACAUCAUAGCUGCAUGGCCCUUUCCCCUGGACGGAUCCACAAACUCGAAACUGACAUUUAACGUCGAGUCAGGCACAUCCAUGUCGUGCCCUCACCUCAGUGGCGUGGCAGCUUUGCUCAAGAGCGCCCACCCCUACUGGUCCCCGGCAGCCAUAAAAUCAGCUAUUAUGACUACAGCUGAUCUCGUUAACAUUAAAGGCACAUCAAUCGUCGAUGAAAGACUAACUCCAGCAGACAUUUUUGCAACAGGGGCCGGCCAUGUUAACCCGUCAAAGGCUAAUGAUCCUGGACUAGUUUACGACAUCGCAGCAGACGACUACAUUCCUUACCUGUGUGGCCUGGGAUAUACAGACGAACAAGUCGGGAUAAUCGCACAUAAAUCAGUCCAUUGCACAUCGAAAAUCCCUGAAGGACAGCUAAACUACCCCUCGUUUUCCGCUACACUUGGAUCAUCUCAAACUUUCACUAGGACAGUGACUAACGUUGGUGAGGCAGUGUCAUACUAUACAGUAAAGAUUGUUGAACCGCAAGGAGUAAGCAUCAGUGUCCAGCCUGCGAAGCUGUCUUUCACAAGGGUGGGAGAGAAAGCAACAUAUUCUGUGACAUUCAGCCGCAGCAGUAACAUUUCCAAUACAUUUUCUCAAGGGUAUUUGCUGUGGGUUUCCACAAAACACACUGUCAGGAGUGUCAUAUCAGUGAAACUCAUCUGAGCUGCAUAUGCAGACGAAGCAAAACGUGAUUUGUAGAAAGAGAAAAAAAAAACCCAGAGAUUGAUGUGUCCAUGAUGCAUUCUUUGUGAAGCAUGAUGACAAAGAAAUCAAGUCACUGUCUUUCUCUGAAGAUUGCAAUUGCAUGCGUUAAUGAAUUACAUUGACUGCUUCAAACAAAUGUGCUUUAAACAUAUGUUUGUGUUUAUUAAA